CAACGUGUGAUGUGUAUAAAUUUUUUUCUUGUCUUACCAUAUAAAGAUAAUAUUAUAAUUUUAUUGUGACAAUAACGAUGAUUUUUUUUCGUAAAUAUUUAUUUUUUCAUCGACCUUAUAAUCUAUAAUUCGUGUGUAACGUAAGGUGAUCGUAAAGCGUGGUAACUAUUGUGAAGCCUGUGUUUGUUUUGCUCGAUCGCGAUGUACUAUAGAGAGGUACUAUGUAUUGUAUUAUUGUAAUUAAAUAGGAAUUCAUAUUUCAAAUCAAAUCGAUGUAAAAAAUUUUCCUUUUUUUCCCCUCGUGUCUGUUAUCGAAUAAUUCGUUUUGUAACUUGUGUGUGCGCCGAUGUGGAAUGUGUAUUAUUAUAUUAUACGUACGUUUGUAAAAAACCGUUUUUGAAUUUUUAUUCGAUGGACCAUUUUGUGGUUUGCGUACGACCGAGUGGAUUUUUUCAAUGUGAUAUGUGAAUUGUUCUAAUACGUCAAAUACCAUCGAGUGCGAUGAUUAUUACUCGUACGUGGUGUUGCAAGUUCGAUAGUAAUGCAAUUAGUACCUACGUAAAAUAUGUAAAUUGAAUCGAACGACAAGAGCUGAGCUGCAGCUAGUUUUUAUGAUUUAUUUGGCACCGGAUGCAUUUUAUUUCCCUCUCCCUACUUGCAUGUUAGAUCAUUCAAAAUGUGGAGUCCGACUCACGUGCAAGUGACCGUUCAACGAGCUCGAGGAUUGAUCUCUAGAGGCCAUAAUGGAGUCUUCGUGACGAUCGGCUUGGGUAAAGAGAAGUACCAGACAUCGGUGAAGGAACGCGAAAGCGAAGAGAUCGAAUGGCGCGAAAAAUGCGAGCUGAAAAUCCCAUCGCAGGGGAACACCGCUUCGAUCAUGCUGACCGUACUUACGCAUAAUUUCUUAGGAGUUGAUAACUUUCUGGGUUGCGUUAAUAUUCCGCUGGCUGAUUUGGACGUUUACGACAGGCCCAAGAACAAAUGGUACGAGCUGCAGGACAGGCAAGGUAAACCGAAGACCAAGGAUCGAGGCGAACUCGAGGUUAAAAUCGGAUUCUCCGUACAGCCGGGUAAUGGAACCGAUGUAAAUAAACGAGAUCCGAGACGUGCAUCACUGGGCCAGCUAUCUCACGCCGCUCAAAAUGUCGGUGGCAGUUUGGCCAGCAUUACCAGCGUUGAUAAGAAAUCAUUCAAGAAGCUAGCCAAAACAAUCACACGUAAGAUUAAAAAAGAUAAAAAACUACAAGAAGAAGAUGUGACUAGUUUGAACAAACAUACCAUCUCGGCGUCCAAACAAGCUGCCGGAGAUGCCGAUCCUGGCGUUAUCAGCGACGAAGACGAAUUCGCUUUCGACGAUUUAUCACACACCGGUUCCGGAUGCUCUUUGGAGGUAGCUCAAAUGACCAGUAACAAUUCACAGACCGGAUCCAUCGAAACGGUAGCCAGUUCUGAAACAUUUCCUACACCUUCGAAAGAGAAUAAAUUCAACACCUUACCACCGUCCAAACCGCCCCGUUCAAUUACACCAAUUCAAGAGAAAUUUGUUCAUAAAUGGGAACAAAAGCUACACGAAGCGAAAAAAUCAAAGGCCUUGUUGAACAAAUCGUCCGAAAGGAUCGUCGUAGGAGGCGAAGGUAAAAGCGUCAGUCCGAUUAAUAGCAGACUAUCGCCGCAAAUCUUGCAACAGUACGAAAAUAAAUCCAGAGAAGAUUUGAUCGAGAUGAUCAACGAUCUGCAAAUCAAACUUAGUCGGGCGGAUAAAGACAGAAAAGAAUUGGAAGACUAUAUCGAUAACUUGUUACUCAGGGUGAUGGAGCAUUCGCCCAGUAUUCUACAGAAUCCUUUUUUAUGACUGUCGAGAUGUCUCUAGUGUUCGAAAAAAAAUUACAUUACGUCGUCGAUGACGUUUUUUUUUUAGCUCCCCGAAUUUAUACAGGUAAUUCACGUGUCCGUCCAGUUUUUUACAUUUUAGAAGUAGCGUUCGUAAAAUUUUUACUUUUUUAGUGCCCUGUUUUAUACCUUUACUACCUAUACGUGUAUUAUUUAUUAGCGUAUCUCUUCUUGUGUUUUACCUUUUGUAAUAUUGAUUUUUUUUUUACCAAAGUAUCCUGCAUAUAUUGUACUAUUCUACGGUUUCAUUUCACCUAACGCUGAGGCAGAGUGAAACAGUAAUUCGGAAAAUUACGCCAAAUGUUUUUGAAUAAUGAUAUAUGUCCAUAUGGUGUGCUGUACCAUCUGAUUGAAAAUCAUCGUUGUGUACUCAAAUGGUAAUUCGAGGCCUCGACAAUGUUUUAAAAAUUUAAUGCUCGACAAAAUGCUGUUGUGGUUUUUGUAGGUAAAUUUCUCCUCGAUCCUUGAUAGGUGUUGAUUUUUUUUUUUUUGAUUUUUUUAUUCACAUAUUCACCAUCAUCACAGGAAAUGAAAAAAUCUAACGUUGGUCGAAUUAUAAUUUUUUUAUACGUACUUUAGCUAAAUUAUUUUCUAAAUGUGCCACUUUUUUGAAUACGAUUACACUUCUUAACAUAUCGAUAAUAUCCCCUUUCAGGGUUGUGUGUUAUUUUUAAUGAUUUACAAGUUAUGAAAUUAUUACAUUGUUUUUGGGAUUAAAUUCCGUCCUUUUGUAUGUGUGUUUUUUUUUUUUGUAAUAUUUUAUAGUAUGUAGUAUGCGUAAUCAUGGACAAUAAUUACUCCUAAAAGACAUACAGAGAAGAUGUUUAACAUCCAACUGUGAUACUCCUUCGGUUAUUACGUAUUGUUAUUGAUUUCGAUAUUUAUAUUAGGUAAUUGUGCAUUGAUUUAUGUUUGAAAAUGAAGAAUGCAAUACAUUUUAUUUAUGUA